UCCGGUUCACUAGACGCAAUUUUUGUGUAUCCCCUGCGAGACUUUCUGACUAUUCUUCGAACCAAACGCGCUUCUCCAAAGCAUUCUCAACGGUGUACCGCAGACCUCACUGAAGAAGAUCUUCACCCUGAGAUGUGCGAUCACACCCACUUUAAACAGGAGGAGUCGGAGAUGCCGUACAUCAAACAAGAGAUGGAGCCAGAGAUCCCCUACAUUAAAGAAGAACAGGAAGAUGAAAUAUCCAAGUUUCCAAUGUGUGUCAGUGUGAAGAUCGAAGAAGACGAAGGUCCAAGCGAGGAGAGCGGAGCAGCGAAAAAUUCGAGCGACAGCUCAUUUCAACACCCGGCGACAAAAAGAGAGGGACAAUCGCAACCGGACGGCCUUUUACCUCCGCUUUCGGACAGCGAGGACCUCACGUCACACUCUUCUGACUUUAACACUAAUGAGGAGGAGGAUGACUUUGACCAAAAUGCUUCGAAAUCCUUAAAAGAGUCAUCAUUGAAUAGAGACACAAAAGAAUGCGCGGUUUGUAAACCUUUUCCUUGCACACUUUGUGACAAAAGAUUUUCUCAGAGGGGUGAUUUAGAAAAGCAUAUGCGUAUACACACCGGAGAAAAGCCUUUUGUCUGCACAUGUUGUGGUAAAAGAUUCACCGAGAAGGGAAAUUUAAAGAGACACGCAAAAACGCACAGUGGAGAGAAGCCUUUCGCCUGCACACUUUGUGGUAAAAGAUUCACUCAGAAGACUGAUUUAGAAAGGCAUAAGCGAACACACAGUGGAGAAAAGCCUUUUGCCUGCUCACUUUGUGGUAAAAGAUUCAUUGAGAAAAAGGAUUUAAACAAACACAAACGCACACAUGCUGGAGAGAAGCUUUUUGCCAGCAUACUUGAUGACAAAAGAUGUUCUCAGAAGACUCAUUUAGAAAUGCAUAAACAUACACACACAGGAGAAAAGCCUUUUGUCUGCACAGUUUGUGGUAAAAGAUUCACCGAAAAGAGAAAUUUAAACAAACACAAAAGCAGACACACUCGUGAGAAGCGUUUUUCCUGCACACUUUGUGGCAAACUUUUUUCUCAGAAGACUCAUUUAGAAAUGCAUGAGCAUACACACACUGGAGAAAAGCCUUUUGUCUGCACAUUUUGUGGUAAAAGUUUCGCCGAGAAGGGAAAUUUAAACGUACACAUACGCAUCCACACUGGAGACAAGCGUUUUGCCUGCACACUUUGUGACAAAAGAUUUUGUCAGAAGUCUCAUUUAGAGAGGCAUAAGCAUGCACACACUGGAGAAAAGCCUUUUGUCUGCACAGUUUGUGGUAAAAGAUUCACCGAAAAGAGAAGUUUAAACAAACAUGCAAAAACACACACUUGAGAGAGCUUUUGCCUGCAAAGUUUGCGACAAAAGAUUUUGUCAGAAGAUUCAGUUUGCAAGGCACACACGUAUACACACUGGAGAAAAGCCAUUUGCCUGCUCAGUUUGUCAUCAAAUGUUGUGUCCGAAGUAGGGGUGUGACAAAAUAUCGAAAUGGUGAUAUAUCGUGAUACUUUGUAUCCCAAAAGGUUAUCGAUAUGCUCCUGCCAAGAAUCGAGAUAUCGUUUUAAAAAGGUGUCAAUGUUGGAAAAAAAAAAAAAGGGACCAACUAGUUGCUACCAAAAUCUUCCACCAUAAUAGUGUCUCAGGUAACAAAGGCUGCCAUUGACGGUGCUCGACAUCCAAUCCAUUUAGACUGAGAACUUUCGUUCAUUCGAAAUAGGGCUGCAGCUAUCGAUUAAUUGAUGAACUAUUUAGUUCGAAUAAUCGAGUAAUAGGAUAAGGAACUUAAAAAAUUAUAA